GUUAUGUCCUGAGGCAGUUCUUAAUAGAAAUAACUAUGGAAUUUCAUGAAAAACAGAGAGUGAUUUUUUUUGUUACUCAUUUGUCCCUUGCUUUGCCAUUAGAAAAUCUAUUUUCCCUCUCCCCUCAGAACAGGUGGAACAAUCUGUUAGCAGAGAAUGAAGAAAAGCAGAGGAGAGAACCUACGUCUUCAAGUGGCAAAGGGACAGAAGAUUGGAAUAGCCUGAAAAGAGUUUGGAAAGAACUCCCAUAAAUCCCAAGUUCACCUGGGGCUCAGGUGGGAAGAAACAAAAGAAAAACCAAUGUGCAAAGGACAGCCUCCUUUUUCUACAAAAUGACUCUCCAGAAAGGUCCCAAGGAUGCUUACCCUUACUCAGAGCCCAGAAGAUUUAGAGCUUAAACCCUAAUGGUCAGUUUUUUCUGUCCGGAAAUCAGACUUUCUCCGAGUCUCUCUUCACAGCAAAGAAAUGCAUGUGGCAGUGGUAGCAGCCGAGGUGAUACUGCUCCUAAGCAUGGGAUGGACAUCAGACUCUCUCUGCUCACCCACUGUUUUUUACAGAGACUGCUGGAUCCGCCGCUUCCCAGGUCUUCAAAUUGUUUUGGAAGAGUCUCAGAAGCUGGGAGCCCAGUUCUUGAAAUAUUAUUCUGAGAGCACUGGCCAGAAGUGCAGUAGGAGCUGCUGUCUUAGGAAAGAUGUUUCCUGUAAUUUGGCUGUCUUCUUCUAUGAUCCUAUUCAUGACAAUGUCAACUGCCUACAUAUUCACUGCCCAACCUUGGAGAGCUGCAUAUUAGAGCCCGGGACCAGUGCCAUUUUGUACAACAUAACAGAUGGUAUGGAUCCAGAUUUGCUGGUUUUUGAGCAAUCACCUCCCACAUAUCUAAACACCCGUUCUUCAUCUGAUAGGUGGGAUAGACUAAGGAUUCUAAAAGCUAUGAAUUUAGAUAAUAAACAACAAACUACCACGAUAAACCGUGUGUUGCCAUCAACAGAGGCUCCAUCAUCAGCCCCACAUCAAGAUUUGGUUGUAAACACAAACAGUACCGGUUAUUCCAAGGAAUUAACAACAGAUCUUUGGGCAAGGUUCAUUUCCCUGAAUGACUCCAUUACCACCAAGGUAAAUAUGGUGUCACCAAGCACUGACUUAAUCAGUGAUCCAGACAAUCAGACUGUUUCUCCUUUCUUUGUGCCCAUCGACACAAAGCUUUCUCUUAUGCCUAUUCCAUCCCGACUCAACAGUAGCAAGCAAUUACUAAAUAAAACCAAGGGGUACAACAGCAGAAACCAGACAUCUGAAAAUGAAGAAGAGACACUUAAUGGGGCACCUGUGACUUCAAAGACCUGGCUGGCUUCUGUGGCCUUAUGCACCUCUGUCCUCUUUCUUUGCUGUUGUAUGGUCAUCCUGGCAACCAGAUGCUGUCGAAAGCAACAGGGCCAGUAUAAACCAGGACAGCAAAAGUCAGGAUCCAAGCAAAGUAAAAAAUAUAAUAUGCUAAAAGACAACUCUUAAAAGAUGUUGUGAGAUUAUAAGCUUUAAAGGUAAUAACUUUCAGUUUUCUGUAAGACAAGGGAAGUUUGAUUAAAAAAUAUAAUUAUACAGGAUGGUCACUCCUAUUUCUAAAAAGGAAAAUGUUUAGUAAACAUAACUGCUUUCUUGAUUAUUUUCAAUUUUUGAGUAGUGGUCCCUCUGCCACAGUUCCAAAAGUCUGACUCCUAGAGUUGUUAUUUAGUACCAUGUAGGAGAUAAAGUUCUCAGUGGUUUAGGGAUAUGAACUAACUGGAUCCUUGAAACUCUGUUAGAUGAACUAUUAUUAACUGUCAUUGUUGCCCAAUAUUAUGCUAUUAUUAUACUAUUACUAUUGUAUCUUACAGCUAAGGAAGCUUAGGUGAAGAGAGAGUGAGCAUUUUGGCUAAAGUCACAUAGCUAGUAAGUAUCAGGUUCAGGACUUAGUUAAAACAUAGGCAGUCUAAUUCAAAAGCCCAUGCUCAGAAUCACCAAUAGACUAAGAACCUAUUUUUUCCAAUUAACAUGAAAAAAAGGACACCAAGAAGAAAAUACCAUCAGAUUUAUCUCAAAGUUGAAGUCAAAUUACUGUCACAUGUGGUAAUAAAAUCAUUUAGUGGCUUAACCAAAACACA